AUGAAUCAAGGCUUAAUACUGAAGUUUGAAAAUCUGGUCCAGUUACGUGGUGCUUGCCGGCAGCUGCACACUCUCUCCUACAGAAAAGUUUACAGAGCACAAUGGAAGCCUGUGCAGUCAUCUGCACAUCCCGUGUUGUCUGUUCUUCUGUAUCCGCCGUGCUGGCAAAAAGACAAAUUAACCAGUAUUGCUUUAUCACAAUGCAGACAUCUAGCUACAAAGGAGGAGACAAAACAGAAGAAAAAGAAGAUACCACUGGCAAAAGGUGAAGUGGAGAUAAGGCAGAAGAUGACUGUUGAGGAGCUGGCACAAGCUAUGGGUAAAGACAUAGAUCAUAUUUAUGAAGCGCUGCUAUACACAGACAUUGACCUUGAUUCACUAGAACCAGAUUCCAUCCUAUAUGAAAACCAUAUCAAGCUAAUCAUUAAAAAAUCAGGAAUGAAGUAUAAGUCGGCAAAACUGAAACAGGAAAAAGAAAGAGAAAACACAGAUGCGGUGAAAAGACCUCCUGCAGAUCCAGCAGUGCUAACCCCACGGCCCCCAGUUGUUACUAUCUUGGGCCACGUUGAUCAUGGGAAAACAACCUUACUUGACAGUCUACGAAAAACUCAAGUGGCAUCAAUGGAAGCAGGUGGCAUUACGCAGCACAUUGGUGCUUUUCUUGUGCAUUUGCCUUCUGGAGAAAAGAUAACUUUUCUUGACACUCCUGGACAUGCAGCUUUUUCAGCCAUGAGAGCAAGAGGUACCCAUGUUACUGACAUCGUCAUACUGGUUGUAGCAGCAGAAGACGGAGUAAUGCAACAAACUAUAGAAUCCAUUCAUCAUGCUAAAAAUGCAGGAGUUCCUCUUAUCCUUGCUAUUAAUAAAUGUGACAAACCUGAAGCUGAUCCUGAAAGAGUAAAGAAGGAAUUGCUGGCUCACGAUGUGGUCUGUGAAGAGUUUGGAGGUGAUGUUCAAGCUGUAAAUAUUUCUGCACUCAAGGGUGAAAACCUGAUGGUUUUAGCAGAAGCAACUGUUGCUUUAGCAGAGAUGUUAGAACUGAAGGCAGACUCCACAGGUCUGGUAGAAGGGACAGUAAUUGAGUCUCGCAAAGACAAAGGGAAAGGUCCAGUUACCACAGCCAUCAUCCAAAGAGGAACUCUGAGAAAAGGCUGUGUUCUGGUUGCAGGGAAGACCUGGGCAAAAGUACGUUUCAUGUUUGAUGAGAAUGGCAAAGCUGUAGAUGCAGCCUCUCCAGGCAUCCCAGUGGAAAUCAUGGGCUGGAAGGAAGUCCCUUCAGCAGUAGAUGAAAUCCUUGAAGUAGAAUCUGAGCAAAGAGCGCAUGAAGUUGUGGCUUGGAGAACCUAUGUUGAACAACAGGAGAGGAUAAAAAGGGAUGUGGAAGUUAUUGAAGCAAAGCAAAAGGAACACCGGAUGGAGUAUGAGAAGAAGCAAGAGAAGCUAUCCCAUUUGACCUGGAGACAGAAGAAGGCGGUGCUGUACAAGGCCAAUAAGCAUCUAAUGUCUUCAAGGCCUAAAGAGAGAACAGAGAGAGAGAAAAAUGUGCUAUCGGUAAUUGUUAAAGGUGAUGUGGAUGGAUCCGUUGAAGCUAUUCUGAACAUUCUGGACAGCUACGAUGCUGAUGACGAAUGUAAAUUGGAUAUCAUUCACUUUGGAAUGGGAGAUAUCAGUGAAACUGAUAUAAGUCUUGCUGAAGCAUUUAAUGGUGUUGUAUUUGGAUUCAGUGUGAAAGCCAAUGAAAGUAUUAAACAGCUGGCUGCUAAAAAGGGAAUAAAAAUUAAACUUCACAAUAUCAUCUACAAACUUGUUGAAGACUUGAAAGAUGAGCUAAAUAGCAGACUACCCCCAUCCAUGGUGGAAAAUACAAUAGGGGAAGCUUCUGUUCUCAACAUCUUCUCUAUAACAGCAGGAAAAAACAAAAUUCCAGUAGCCGGGUGCAGAGUACAGAAGGGGCUGCUAGACAAAAAAAUGAAAUUUAAGUUAGUCCGUAACGGGGACGUUAUUUGGAAAGGAUCUUUAUCAUCACUGAAGCAUCAUAAAGAUGAUGUCCAGGUAAUAAAAACAGGUACAGACUGUGGAUUGAGUUUGGACAAGUAUAUGGAAUUCAAUAUUGGAGAUGAAAUUAUCUGUUAUGAAGAAAAAGAAGUUCAACAGACAACUUCCUGGGAUCCAGGAUUUUAAAAUACAUUUGAAUACAUUAACACUAAAGGACAUGCGUUGUUCCUGGCUGGCCUUCAACUCUUAACAUUAAAUGAACUUUCAGAGAU